AUGACUCUUCUGGUUUUUCCAAUUGCAAGAUCUCUUUUCUUCUCGGUUUUGGUCAAACGAAACGGUGAUACAAAACAAGCCAAUGCUUUACCUGGUUAUGGCUCUUCUAAUGGUUUGGAACUGGAUGGAAUAACAAUUAUGGAGACUCUGGACGGAGCACCAAAUGCAAGUCAACCUGUGUUACAAGCAUUGGACUUGGUCGAGGAUGACUGGUGUCUAGGAUCAUUUAUGAAUCUAGAGGCUGGAUCUAGUGCUCAAGUAGUCCUUGGAAGUCCUGCCAUUUGCGGUAUGGUUUGGAAAGAAUUAGGGGAUAAUAUCAUAACUGGUGCCAUGAUUGUCGUCUACACAAUCAAAUGUCGAAUGGCAUUGGACUUGGUCGAGGAUGACUGGUGUCUAGGAUCAUUUAUGAAUCUAGAGGCUGGAUCUAGUGCUCAGGCAUUGGACUUGGUCGAGGAUGACUGGUGUCUAGGAUCAUUUAUGAAUCUAGAGGCUGGAUCUAGUGCUCAAGCCGUGUUGUUUCAUGCUGGAGUCCUUGGAAGUCCUGCCAUUUGCGCUACCUUCCUUGAUGGUCUUAAAAUGUCAGAUGUACUGCUAGUGGCAACCCUUCUUUCUCUUCGAACUCAUGAUGAUGAUGACAUUCAAUUGCAAUAUGAUAUAAAACAUCCACUGGUGUUGACAAGGUAUCAUGAUUAUCCUUCCUUUUAUUUUAUGGGGAUUGAUACGGUAUCGCUGUCAGAUGAUAUACACAAGUCAAACAAAGCGGUCAAUGUUUUAGCUGGUUCUGGCUCUUCUAAUGGUUUGGAACUGGAUGGAAUGACAAUUAUGAUGAACCCUUUACUACGUGGUUAG